UCGCCUCUCGAGAAGGAAAACGCCUUCUUGGAAAAACCGUCUUGUUCUUCUCCUCAUCCACGGCGAGGGGGCGUCCCCUCGAGCUCGCGGGUCUCUCGUCUCCUCGAUGGCGGUGUCGCCGUGGAGCUGCCGCUGUGGGGUCAGCCGCUCCCCCGGAAAGAGCAGAGGCGCACCGGCACCUUCUUCUCCUGACAAGAGAUCCAAGUACUCGGCACAAUCAGUGAGAGCAAUGCCUAUGCGUGUGCUAACAGUUGGAAAGAAGAGGUCUCGAGGGGCACAGCUCAUUGUUGAAGAAUACAAGGAGAAGCUUGGUUACUACUGUGAUAUUGAGGACACACUUAUCAAAUCCAACCCAAAACUCACAAGUGAUGUUAAGGUGCAAGUGGAGGCAGAAGACAUGGCAAUGAUGCUGCAGCUCAAGCCUGAAGACUUCGUGGUUGUGCUGGAUGAAAACGGGAAGGAUGUCACGUCUGAGCAGGUAGCUGAUCUGGUCGGGGAUGCUGGGAACACGGGGUCGUCAAGGCUCACAUUUUGUAUUGGUGGACCGUAUGGUUUUGGGCUACAAGUGCGAGAGCGUGCAGAUGCAACAAUUAGACUAUCCUCAAUGGUUUUGAAUCAUCAAGUUGCCUUGAUAGUUCUAAUGGAGCAGCUCUACAGGGCAUGGACUAUAAUCAAAGGACAGAAGUAUCACCACUAGCCACUAGAAUUGAGUUGCAUUGGCGUCAUGUUGCGCACUUGAACAGAUGGAAAAUUGGAAGUGCAGGACAUGGAGAUCGUAAUUCAUAAACGCAUCAGCUUUCAGAUUUGGAGGCUUGGAGCACACGGCGCAUUUUUGCUUGGUGAUUCACUGAUUCUACAACAAAGGCACACCAGAGGGUCGAACAUUGGUUGUAAUCAAUGCAGCGUAUAGGCAUUGUAGUCCGUAGAUUGUAUAGCGCAGAGAUCUCCCAUAUAUCAAUUUUUCAGCAGUUUAGACAAAUCUUUGUUCUGCUUAUACUCGCGAAACUGCUAUUCAUGUACAAUGCUUUCAAUUGCACUCCAAGUGAGCACAAAGCAACGAAAACGCUUUACAAGAAGAUCAACAGACGGACAGUUUACAGCA